GGAAAGAAAGUGAAAGGAGGGGGCGAUUCGUGUCGGUGCAUUUAGUUGUUGUAUUUGUGAAAUUUCUUGUGCUUUUGUAGUAGUUUGUAAGUAUUGGUUCUGUAUGUGUAUAAAUAAAUGUAUGUAUUUGUUUUUCAUUUUCGCCGAUUAACAAAAUCAACGCGGAAGCUUUACUCAGAUGACAACAACCUUACUCAGUUUUUAAACAAACCCCUCAAAAUCCACUAUUCCCAUUUUCCUCACUCUCCCCUCCAAGCCUAAAAAAAAAUAAAAACAAGAGGGAAAAAGAAUUAAAGAAAGGCCCACUUUCCUCUUCCUCAGCCUCCUCUCCCCAUCAUCUUUCUGUGCUUUUGAUGGGCGGAGUUUCUUUAGCAAACUUCCAAAAUCAUUAGAGGAAGUUGUUUUAAUUUCUGGGUUUUGAUUCUGUUUGUAUAUAUAUACAUAUAUUUUGAAAGAGAGAGAGAAGAAUUGAAUUGGAAAUAUGGAGGGUGGCGGCGGAGGAGGAGGAGGAGCUGGGUGUUGCACGGCGGGGAAGCGCAAGGGGGAGAGGCUGUACAAAGGAAUAAGGAUGAGGAAGUGGGGGAAGUGGGUGGCGGAGAUCAGGGAGCCUAAUAAGCGUUCCAGGAUUUGGUUGGGCUCUUAUUCUACUCCGGUGGCCGCCGCCAGAGCCUAUGACACCGCCGUUUAUUAUCUUCGAGGCCCGACGGCGAGGCUCAACUUCCCGGAGCUUUUGGUCGGUGAAAGCGUUGGCGGCGGCGGCGCCGCCCACAGUGAUUUGUCUGCUGCUGCUAUAAGAAAGAAAGCGAUAGAGGUGGGCUCGAGGGUGGAUGCGCUUCAGAGCUCGAUUGGUAAUCAUGACCACCACCACCACCACGUGGUCCAUGACCACGGCGGCGUCCGCCACCACCACCAUGAACACGGGACGACGCCGACUCAAUUGAAGGCUUGUUGGUUCCAAGAAAAGCUCGACUUGAAUCUGAAGCCCGAGCCCGAAGACCCAGAUGGUGAUUACUGGUGAGCCCGGAUCAAAAAUAAGAAACAAAAUUGAAAGACAGAGAUGGAAAGAUGAAGAGAAAAGAAGAAGAAAUUAUUGACAAAGAGAAAGUAAUCAAAUUUCAGGUCGCUGUAUUCUUCUUGUAGGGUGUUAAUGGUAACAUUUCACUCUCUUUAGCCUAAUGGCUCUAGAAUAGAAUUCCAACUAUUUUGUUUCUCCUUUUUUCUUUUAAUUUUCCCGUUUUUAACUCCCUUGAUAUUAAAUGGAAUAUAAAGUUUUGAGAGUUUGUUAAAAAAUCAAUGUAAAUAUCCUUUCUAUCAUAUUAGAACCUCUGUUUUAUUUGCCAUUUCAUUCCCAGCUGAUAUCUGAAUUCCUAAUAUUGAUUGGCCCUGUUCUCAUACUAAGAUCGCCGUCUGCGGUGGACGGUGGACGGAGGCGGCGGCGUAGAAGUGUGGGGUACAGAGAGUAUUAAAAGUGACCCAAGUGGGAAGUUGGAGGGAGAAACGGAGGGGCCGGCGAAGGGAGGAGGGAACAGCAGUGGCCCUACUUUUUAGCUCGGAGUUUGGUGCAAGUGGCUGCGUUUUGCUAACUGCUUCAAAAGUGGAGAAGAUAAAAUUUGGUUUAAUAUUUUGACUUCUGAUUCGGUGGCAGGUUUCUGGGACUGGCCCCUGUCCUCUGCCUCUGGGUCUCAUCAUCUCCAUUCUCGUUGAUGACGAGGUUUCUUUCAGUUUAGCCAAACCAAAAAUCCCUCUAUUUAAAAAGCCCUUCAGACACCAAAAAAUUGGGAUUUGCGUUAAUUCUUUUGCUCCUCAGUAAUUCCCCAGAUUCUACAUUACCACCGUACAUUGUUCUGCACUUUUUUGUUUUUUUUAAACUCUUUCGGGUACAAUUAAGUACAGAGUUAUGCAUGUUCCUGUGAUGAAUUCACUUUCCGAUGAGCAUGCGCCAUCGUCGUAGUGGGGGCUUUUUCAGGCAAACAUUUUUGACAAGAAAAAACAUCUGACACAAACUAAAAC